AUGGCCUCUGUUUCUCAGACUGAUCCGCGCCGGAGGAAAGGGUCUAAGCACGACAAGACUGGUUGUUUGACCUGCCGAUAUCGCACCCUUACCUUUUCGGCAUCCCCUUCAUCAGUGCGUGUUUCUCACAAUCUCGGAGGACGUAGGCGGAAGAAGUGUACCGAAAAUACAUUUCCAGUCUGUGGCGCAUGUGCGCGUUUGAAGUUGAAGUGUGUCCGAAGCACAACUCGCGAUAUCGUGCCUACCAGCUGGGUUGAUCGCAAACAGCAGUCAACCAAACCGUCGCGUGGGGUUCCGGACGCCGAUGACAACUCACCACAGCGUUCGCGAUGUUUCCCACUCUGUCCGCCAGUAUCAAUUAUCGAGCCAUGCGAGCCACCACAGAAGAGGCAGGUCAUGCGAUAUUACAUCGAAAUUCUCAGUCAUUACCUGACCGUCAAUGAGCAGUUCAACUCAUUUCUAUCAGCGUUCUUGCCCAUGGCUAUGGAGUCGUCUGUCCUGUACGACGCACUUGUCUCAUUCGCCUCAGGGCACCUAGCUUUGAGUGACCAAUCGUACAAGCUUUCGGCAAUAGAGGCUCACUCAACAGCAAUGACGAAUCUCGCGACGGCCUUGAGCACACCACAGAAUGACAUUACUUGGUAUGAGACCAAAGCAGCAACGUGUCUAGCCUUCGUGAUAGGCGAGGUUUGCGCGGGUAGCAACCGGGGAUGGUACACCCACCUCAAUGGAGCAAAGCACAUCAUCGAGUCUGCUAGUGUGAACACCAGCUCAGGAGUUACACUGCAUGGACCAGAUGUUUUCAAAAAGAGUUCGGAGGGCCAGUGGAUCCUUCGCAACUUCGCGUAUCACGAUAUUGUCGGUAGCGUCACGCUCCGGAGGCGGCCUCUGCUGGACUGCAGUUACCUAGACGGCAUUACCGACGUCGUUGAUACCUACUUGGGUGUCGCAACAGAGCUUUUGCGCUAUGUCUCAACUCUCUGCUUUCUCGAUGAAGAAACCAAACUGGACCUGGACUUACCUGCCGAAGAGGCCGCCAGAAGGAUGAUUCAGUUUCACAGUACUUGCGCCGAGGUUGAACAAGAGCUGCAAGACUGGCGCUGCCGCCCUGAUGCUGCGCCAGAGCUAGUCGCGUUAGCCAACGCCUUUCGAAGCGCGGUGUUGAUCUUCCUUUACCGCCUCGUGCGCACUCGGAUGGAAGACGAAGCCUCAUCUGCAGAAGACGAUUGGCUGAAGGCGGUCAGUGGCUGGGAUAUUCUGCCGACAAAACUUCGCACACAGGUCUCAAAUAUUCUAAGGCACGUCUCCGACAUCCCAGUCGGUAGCCAUGCCGAAUCGGCAAUCCUCUUUCCGCUGUUCCUUGCGGGCGGCGAGGCAACUGAGGAAGAGCACAUGGAGGCAGUCCGCAGUCGACUGCAGAUGACUUUGAAGAAGCGACGAUUCCAGAAUAUUGCGUUGUCUCUGGAUAUGCUCGAAGACCUCUGGCAGAAACGAAAGUCUGAGGACGGAACUCGAUCGGAUCGAUUUGGCCGGCGCUUAGGAUUUCAGAUCGCCUCGGGCAUAUCCAUCCUUGGUAUUGGACUUCAAUAUGCCGCCUCCGAGCCUGGUCUACUGUUGGCUGGGAAGAUGAUCAAUGGCCUGGCGUUGGGCUUCUUUCUAACCCUCACCCCGAUCUACAUCUCCGAAAUCGCACCGCAGCCUCUCCGACCAGCGCUGACAGCCGCUGUCAACCUCUUCAUCAACGCGGGCCAGAUGACGGCCAUCAGCAUCGGCAACACGCGCUUCUCUAUCCUCUCGCCUGCCUCUUACAAAGUUCUUUUUGCCGCGCAGUGGGCGUUCCCGUGCUUCUUGGUUUUCUACACGGCUGUCAUGCCCGAAAGCCCCUGGUUUCUCCUCCGCAGCCAGCGUGAGGAAGACACGAAGAAUGCUUUUCGUAAGCUCUAUCCUCGCAACGCGAAACGUGCCGAGGCUGCACUAGAGUUGAUUCGGAGUGCUAUUACGGAGGAAAAUGAGAUGGUCCGUCUACAAGAUGGGGCGAAGUAUGCGGACUGCUUCAAAGAAACAAACUUCCGGCGCACUAGAAUUGCAUGCGGCAUGUUCUUCGUGCAACAGUUUACUGGCAUUGCAUUUUACGCGCAGGCGUUGUACUUUUUGGGCAUCACGGGAUUGCCGGUGAGCUUGACGUUCAAGCUUGCGCUCGGCGGGUUUGGGCUAGCCAUGUUUGGGAAUAUUGUGUCCUGGUUCAUCCUGAACUACGUCGGUAUGGUGAACCCAAGUCAAGAAUACUGUCGCGGUCGACGAACCCUUUUGCUCGUUGGCACCGUCCUCAAUUUCAUGCUACUCACGACGGUGGGCAUUGCGGGAUGUUUUACCUCCUCCACCUCUCUAUACAUUAUAGGAUACCUUAUGAGCUUUGCGCAGAUUGUCUACGCGCCGACCAUCGGUGCCACGACCUGGGCGGUCAGUGCUGAGGCCAGCUCCCAGAGACUCCGGGCGCGUACGCAGGGCGUAGCCAUGUUCAGCAACGCCAUCAUCAGCUGGGCUAUGGGUUUUGUAACGCCCUAUCUCAUCAACACUGACAGCGUGGCAAGGAUGUCUACCACUUCAUCUGCGGGGGCUGCGGUCAAUGCGACAGCAGCAACCGAUGCAGAGCUUCAGCCAGCGAUCGCGAAGAUGAUGCCCUCAAACAAGAGUGCUGUUCUUCAUCGCAGCUUGAAAGCGGCACCGCCACAGGUAGUCUCAGCGAACGGAAAGUACCUGACCUUCUCCAAUGGCCAGACCAUUUUGGACACGACCUGCGGGGCUGCGGUGGCUUGCAUUGGAUCCAACAAUGAGCGCGUUAAGAGUGCGAUGAUUGCGCAGCUGGACAAGUUUGCCUACUGCAACUCGAUGUUCUUUGGGCAUCCCAUUGGGGAAGAGUUGGCGGAUGAGCUGAUUCGAGGAACUGAUGGUCUCAUGUCAAAGGCAUAUAUCAUGUGUUCCGGUUCGGAGGCUAUGGAUGCGGCGAUGAAGAUGGCGCGUCAAUACUUCGUUGAAAUUGGCCAACCGCAAAGAGUCAAGUUCAUCGCCCGAGAAAACUCAUACCAUGGCACAACCCUUGGCUCACUGUCUAUUGGCGGCCACGUUGCACGUAGAAGUCUCUUUACAGACAUGCUUCUACCUAACAUCGGUCGAGUAUCGCCAUGCAAUGCGUAUCGCGGCAUGACUGAGGGCCAGACAGUCGAGCAAUACGUCGAACAGCUAGCUGAUGAGUUGGACCGCAAGUUUCAGGAGAUGGGCCCUGAGACUGUCUGCGCUUUCGUCGCUGAACCAGUCGUUGGUGCAGCCCUUGGCUGUGUGCCCUCGGUACCCGGGUACUUCCAGGCGAUGAAGAAUGUUUGUGAUAAGUACGGUGCUCUUCUGAUUCUCGACGAGGUCAUGUCUGGCAUGGGUCGUUGCGGAACAUUGCAUGCCUGGCAGCAUGAAGGCGUUACGCCUGAUAUUCAAACCAUGGCUAAGGGCUUGGGUGGUGGAUAUGCCCCUGUCGCCGGUCUGUUGAUGAAUCACAGAGUUGCCGAUGCCCUCACAACCGGCACUGGGGCAUUCUCCCAUGGACACACCUAUCAAGGCCACCCCGUUGGAUGCGCUGCUGCUUUAGAAGUGCAACGCAUCGUGCGAGAGGACAACCUGAUCGAAAACGUCAGACGACAAGGUGCUCUUCUUGAGAAACUCCUGCAUGAACACCUUGACGAACAUCCUUAUGUGGGCAACAUCAGAGGAAGAGGCCUCUUUUGGGGAAUCGAAUUUGUGUCCGACAAAUCGACCAAGGAGCCAUUCUCACGGUCCUAUGAUAUAGCUAAUAAGGUGCAUCUGAACGGGCUCAAUGAAUUUGGUAUCAGCCUCUACCCAGGUAACGGUACAAAAGAUGGAAUUUUGGGGGACCAUGUUCUGCUUGCUCCCGCAUAUACCAGCACAGCGGCAGAAAUUGAGGAAAUAGCCGCCAGAACGAAGGACUCCAUCCUUCGCACGUUCCAAGACCUUUGA